AUGGCAAACAUCAAACCUGCUCCUGCGGACACUCGCGCUGGAGAGGACAAAAAGACUGAAGUCCACCACGUUCCUGCGGAAAACCGCAUUGAACACUCUGAAGUCGUUGGCGAUGGCAUCCUUCCCAUGGUUGCCAAAGACAAGGUCGAUGAAUUCGGUGGUCACGCAAAGGUUGAUCCUAAGGAAAUCAGCCUUGUGAAGAGGCUUGAUCUCUAUAUGCUGCCCAUCCUAUGGAUCAUGUACUUCUUCAACCUCCUUGAUCGCAAUGCCCUGUUCAACGCGAAGCUCAACAGUCUCGAUAAGGAUCUCGGUCUCCAGGGGACAGAGUACAACACCCUGGUCGGAAUCCUGAACGUUGGCUACAUCGCCGGCCAGAUUCCCUCCAAUAUGAUCAUCAACCGUGUUAGGCCCUCCCUCUACAUGGGCUGUUUCUGCGUGGUCUGGUCUAUCAUCUGCACCUUGACUUUCCUCGCUCAGAACUUCGAGCACAUGCUGGCUUUCCGACUUCUUCUUGGGUUCGCGGAAGCCCCCUUCUACCCAGGCGCCCUGUACCUUCUCUCGUGUUUCUACACAAGGAAGGAAAUCGCGACGCGCAUGGCUAUCUUCUACACCGGUAACAUGCUGGCUGCGUCAUUCUCGGGUCUUAUUGCUGCCGCAAUCUUCUCGACUCUGGACGGCCGGUAUGGCAUGGCUGGCUGGCGCUGGCUAUACAUCAUCCAGGGCACUUUCUCCACUGCCGUCGGUGUUGCCUCCCUCUUCCUUCUGCCGAACCACCCCCUGAAGACCAAGUGGCUCACCCAAGAGCAGCGAGAACUUGCUCACAACCGCAUUGUUGCCGACACCACCGAGAAAGAGGGAGCGGCUAGCCCCUGGAAGGGCCUUUACCAAUGUGUGGUCGACUGGCGCACCUGGGUCUUCGUGCUCAUGUACAACCUUCAUCUUUCUUCCGUCAGCUUCGCAGCUUUUCUCCCUACUGUUAUGCGGACUCUCGGCUACAGCACAAACAUCACCCUGGUCCUUACCUUCCCUCCUUACUUCCUCGCGGCGAUUCUCGGCAUUGUCAUGUCGUGGACUUCUGGUCGCUACAACGAGCGCACUUGGCACAUCACUGUUCUGAAGUGUAUUGUUAUGGCAGGGUUCAUCGUGGCUGUCUCCACGACCAAUAUUCCCGCGCGCUUUGUGGCGAUUUUCAUGUUCGUCCCCUUCAGUUUCGGCAUUAACAACAUUAUGCUGGGUUGGAUAUCUGCCACUCUCUCUCAGACGAACGAGAAGAAGGCUGUUGCCUUGGCUAUCUGCAACUCUUUCGGAAACCUGAACGGCGUUUACACUCCCUACCUUUGGCCUGACAGCUCCAGCCCCCGUUUCAUGCAGGGUUUCCUCAGCUGCAUGGCCUUUUCUGCUGUGGUCAUCCUCACGGUCUGGAUCAUGAAGUUCGCUCUGAAAAGGCGGAACAAGCAGAUUCUGCGUGAUGACCCCAACGCAAUCAGUCUCUACGUUUACUAG